AUGGCUUUCCGUCUAGCUGCGGCGGCUGCUGCUGCUUUUCUCCUUUCAAUGGGGGAGGUCGGGGGGACGGGGGUGGAAGGGGAAGGAGAGGGGGAGCGAGAGGGGGAAGAGAAGGCAGAAGGAGAACGAGGGGACGAAGAGGGGGAGACAGGCCAAAACGGCGGCAGUGGGGAGAGAGGGGGAAGAGGAGUGAGUGCAAGAGAGGAAGGAGAAGAGUUGGGGAGAGGUGAGGAAGAGGGGGAAGCGUCUGGAGCUGCAGUUUCUUGCAAGUGGUUACCACAUGAACGAGCUUCGCGCACGUGGUUACCAGCUGACGUCCAUUGCCUCGCAUGGUUACCACUGGCUGCUUUAGGCGAGGCCAGGGGGUUUCGGCCAGCGUGCACGGGUGAUAGUAUCCUGGGCGUGAACCUGUGCGUUUUGAUUGAUACUCCUGCUACUGCUGCUGCUGCUGCUGCUGCUACUGCUGCUGAUGCUGAUGCUGCUGCUGCUGCUGCUGCUGAUGCUGCUGCUGCUGCUGCUGCUGAUGCUGCUGCUGCUGCUGCUGCUGAUGCUGCUGCUGGCUUUGCUGCUGUUCCUGCUGCUGCUGCUCUCGCUGCUGAUUUUGAAGCCGAUCCAGCUGCUGCUGCUGCUGCUGCUGCUCUCGCUGCUGCGGGUAUUGCUGGUGAUGCAACCGACGCUGCUGCUGCUGCUGCUCCUGCUGCUGCUUCUCUUGCUGCUGCAGCUGGUACUUCUCUCAAACCCAAGUAA